AUGUCGUUCUCUAUCAACACGUUCAUUUUCACCUUAAUCGCCUUCUUCGCCCUCCGCGCCGUUGCAUCCGAAACGGAAUGCAACCCACUCAACACGACUACAACAUGUUCCCCCGACCCUGCUCUCAGCACCGAGCAUACCUGGUACUUCAACGAAACACUCGAUAGUACACUAUGGGACAUGGCUACGGGAGAGUUGAAUUAUACGGACAAGGGCGCCGAAUUCGCUAUUCGCUCUGAAAACGCAUCCACUCUUUUGCAGUCCAACUUUUACAUCUUUUUCGGCGUCAUGGAAGUGCACGCCACUAUGGCGGUGGGCCGCGGAAUCAUUAGCAGUGUCAUUCUACAAUCGGACGACCUGGACGAGAUCGAUUGGGAAUGGCUAGGCUAUAACACAAGCUUCAUACAAUCCGACUUCUUUGGAAAAGGCAAUAUUACGACCAGUGACCGAGGAGGAACCCAUCUCGUUUCCGACGCCGAUACCGUCUUCCACAACUAUACAAUCUAUUGGGAUCAAGAUCGCAUUGAGUGGUGGAUUGAUAGUGAUUUGAGACGAACGGUCAACUACUCGGAGCCACUCACAGUGUAUGGCAAAAACUAUCCACAGACCCCUUGCCGAGUCAAGAUCAGUAAUUGGCCUGUCGGAAUCGCGAGUCAAUCUGUCGGCAAUAUUGAAUGGGGUGGUGGUCUUGUGAAUUGGGACGAUUUGCCAUUUAUCAUGACUGUGCAAAAGCUCCGAGUCAAGGAUUUCCAUACCGGAAAGGAGUAUAAAUACACCGGUACCACUGGAAGCUACGAGAGUAUCGAUGUUAUUUCGGGAAAUUCAACAGCCAAAAACGAGAUCGAGAAAAAGCCAGAAGAAACCUUGGCUGAGAAGUGGGAUGAUCUUGGUGAAGGUGCUCACAUUGGAAUCUAUGUUGGUGUCGCUGCCGCUGCCGCUAUUGCCGUUGCUGGUUUCGGAUGGUGGUGUGCUCGACAACGUAAAGCCGGUCGUCUUCAGCGUGCCCUUAAUGAUUCUGCCGCAGGACAGAGUGGUGCAGAGCUUACGCAAAUGGAGACUCAGAAGCCCGAAUGGAGGCAAAGCCAGUGGGGGAAACAAAGCUACCAAAGAGUCCCGUAA